GAUCACGUAGGCAGCUGGGAUGAAGCCAGCUACUCUUGCAAAAGGAAGCAAGGGAGGGGGCAAAGCUUCUCAUCCCCCCACCCCGUCGCCCCAUGCAAUUUGCUGGAGAGCUAAACUGCUACCACCUUGCGCUUGUCCUACUGCCUGCUGCUGGUACUGAUGCUGUGGACUGGAAGGCUAGUGAUGCAGGCAGAUCUCCGCGCGCCUCUGCCGUCUCCAGCCUUUGGAAGCCGGGUUGUUUCGCAGUUUUUGCAAAGGUGGAAGUGAGAGCGUGUUUUUAAUUAGCAUGCACUUAGUGAGGUUCCCUCUGCGGUGUGUGACUGGCUCCUGCUGACCUCCAUCGUGUGCAUGUGCGUGCGUGUACCCCCGAUUCUUUUUUCCUUUUUUUUUUUUUGUAAAUUAGAUUUGGCUUUUUGCCCUGCUUGCCUAGCUGAUCAAACGUCCUGCUGAUCGAUAAAGUAAAAUGGACAUUUUGUCUAAUGCUCAGGUCUUCCUUUUGUGAUGCCAGGUACCUCUUACACCAUUUCUCUUGUGAAGGCUAUUCAGUAGUGGAGACCUUUUUUAAUCGAACACUCCACAAAUUAUUAUCUCUGGACUCCCAGCUGACAUCCUGCUGGAGGCUACAGCUACUAAGCCAACUGGAACUGUGCCCACUCUCUCUUGUCAAGGUUUUUUAUUUUUUAUUUUCCUCACACAGGGAGAAGAAGAAAAAAUGAAGUUUGGCAAGGUGGAGUUCUGCCAUUUUUUGCAGAUAAUAGCGCUUUUCCUCUGUCUUUCUGGGAUGAGUCAAACAGAACUCCCUAGAUCCAGGUCAAAGCCCUAUUUCCAAUCUGGGAGAUCACGAACCAAACGCAGCUGGGUGUGGAAUCAGUUCUUCGUGCUGGAGGAAUACAUGGGAAAUGAUCCCCUCUAUGUAGGAAAGCUUCACUCUGAUGUUGAUAAAGGAGAUGGCUCCAUCAAAUACAUCUUGUCAGGAGAAGGGGCAAGUUCCAUUUUCAUUAUUGAUGAGAACACGGGGGAUAUUCAUGCUACAAAGAGGCUUGAUCGGGAGGAACAAGCCUACUACACCCUCCGAGCACAAGCACUAGAUAGACUGACAAGUAAACCCGUGGAACCAGAGUCAGAAUUCGUCAUUAAGAUUCAGGACAUCAAUGACAAUGAACCUAAAUUUCUGGAUGGCCCUUACACUGCUGGCGUGCCUGAAAUGUCUCCUGUGGGAACCUCUGUGGUACAAGUAACAGCUACUGAUGCCGAUGACCCUACAUAUGGAAACAGUGCCAGAGUGGUCUACAGCAUUCUUCAAGGACAGCCUUAUUUUUCUGUGGAACCAAAGACAGGUAUUAUCAAAACCGCGCUUCCCAAUAUGGACAGAGAAGCAAAAGACCAGUAUCUACUUGUCAUUCAAGCAAAAGAUAUGGUUGGUCAAAAUGGAGGGCUCUCUGGGACCACCUCUGUCACCGUCACCCUUACAGAUGUCAACGAUAACCCUCCCCGCUUUCCUCGCAGAUCAUAUCAAUAUAAUGUCCCUGAAUCGUUACCCGUGGCUUCGGUGGUCGCCAGAUUAAAGGCUGCAGAUGCUGAUGUGGGACCGAAUGCUGAAAUGGAAUAUAAAAUAGUGGAUGGUGAUGGCUUGGCCGUUUUCAAAAUCUUAGUGGACAAAGAGACACAAGAAGGGAUCAUUACAAUACAAAAGGACUUGGAUUAUGAAGCCAAGGCCAGCUACACCUUGAGAAUAGAAGCAGCAAAUAAGCAAGUUGAUCCUCGUUUUUUAAGCCUUGGGCCCUUCAGUGAUAUGACAACAGUGAAGAUCAUUGUGGAGGAUGUAGAUGAACCACCUAUAUUUACCUCACGUUUGUACACUAUGGUAGUGUCUGAAGCAGCUAAAGUAGGCACCAUCAUUGGAACUGUUGCAGCUCAUGACCCAGAUGCAUCUAACAGUCCUGUGAGGUACUCAAUAGAUCGAAACACAGACCUGGAGAGAUAUUUUAAUAUUGAUGCCAACAGUGGGGUGAUUACCACUGCGAAGCCGUUGGAUAGAGAAACAAACGCUGUUCAUAACAUCACUGUCUUGGCUAUGGAGAGUCAAAACCCUUCACAAAUUGGGAGGGGAUAUGUGGCCAUCACUAUUCUUGACAUCAACGACAAUGCUCCUGAGUUUGCAAUGGAUUAUGAAACUACUGUCUGUGAAAAUGCAGAACCUGGCCAGGCAAUUCAAAGAAUCAGUGCCAUUGACAAAGAUGAUCCACCUAGUGGUCAUCAAUUUUCCUUCAGUUUGGCAGGGGAGGCUGCAAAUAACCACAACUUUACAUUACAAGAUAAUAAAGAUAACACGGCAUCUAUUCUAACCAGAAGAAAUGGAUUCCGGAGGCAGGAGCAGUCAGUUUACUAUUUGCCAGUAUUUAUUGUGGACAGUGGCUCUCCUUCACUGAGCAGCACCAACACACUCACUAUCCGGGUGUGCGACUGUGACGCAGAUGGCAUUGCCCAAACAUGCAACGCAGAGGCCUACAUCUUGCCAGCAGGACUUAGCACCGGGGCGCUCAUAGCGAUACUGGCUUGUGUUCUGACAUUGCUAGUGCUUGUCCUACUCAUUGUUACAAUGAGACGACGGAAAAAGGAGCCCCUUGUUUUCGAUGAAGAGAGAGAUAUCAGGGAAAACAUAGUCAGAUAUGAUGAUGAGGGAGGCGGAGAGGAAGACACCGAGGCCUUUGAUAUGGCUGCCUUGAGGAACCUCAACAUCAUCCGAGACACCAAAACGAGGAGGGAUGUAACGCCAGAGAUCCAGUUCUUGAGUAGACCAUCCUUUAAAAGCAUCCCGGAUAACGUCAUUUUUCGGGAAUUUAUUUGGGAAAGACUAAAAGAGGCUGAUGUGGAUCCUUGUGCUCCACCGUAUGAUUCCCUGCAGACAUACGCAUUUGAGGGAAAUGGUUCGGUGGCUGAGUCACUCAGCUCUUUAGAUUCUAUCAGUUCAAACUCAGAUCAGAAUUACGAUUACCUCAGUGACUGGGGGCCUCGUUUUAAACGGCUUGCAGACAUGUAUGGAACUGGACCAGAAAAUUUGUAUUCAUAGCCUUUGAACCUUUCUAUGACGAUGCACUAAAGAAAAAGAAAAUAAAAACUCAAUAUCUGGGACUAAGGAAAAUCUGUAAAUAUUUCUCCAUUUUUAACCUUUUGGGUUUCUUUUUGCCUUGGUGAAGCAUAUCUUCAUUAGAACUUUGUCCUAGGGACUGCACUGAACACACACAGAUUCUGAGCAUCCAAUGGCAUUUUUUUGAUAACAUUAAGAUGCUCGGGCAUGUGCAAAUAGAUAGCAACCCUCGUAUACCUGCAGAGGCAACCAACCUCUAAGAGUAAGUAACGCACUGUGACCUCAAUGAGCCAAUGAUAUCCUGUAGAUGCCUUCGCAGUACUGCUGGGUCUAGACUGCAGAGUCUUUGCUUAGUGGAGAGAAGGGGGAAAUCAUUUACUACGUACAAUGUUAAUACAAUAUAUUGUCUACUACUGAUGCAAAGUUCUUUUAUUUACAGUGUUGCAUGCAGUUUGCUGGCUCAGAAACAAAUCCAACACGAUGACUUUUUAAAAUGUUGGUCUUAAAAGCUAUUUAGUCCAAAAGCCUCUGUAAAUAUCUGGGUGACUCUAAAAAUAGAUUGCAAUUCCUGUUAUGAAAAUCUGCAACAUGUGCCAUUGCCUUAUCAAAAUUGUUUCCAGGAUAUGUCAAAUCAGAGAUCUGGAAAGUGAUUAUCACAGUUUUGUGAUGCCUAUGUAGGUAUGGGGGGGGGGGAAUUGCUGUCUAUUUACAGUUUUUUUUAUUAUCCUUACCUCUUCUGAUUAGUACAGGAGAACUUAUCCUUUCUUCAUUUUUAUUAGUUUUUAAAUAAAACAUUGAUGUGUAAAGUUAUGUUUAUUUUGGAGCUCCAGUCUCCAUCACAUUCAGGUUUAUUAUACUGCAUCAUGGUAUUAGGUGCUUGAGAACAUGCUGUUUUUUCUUCCAGUCUCAGCUACAUGAAGGAAAUGAAGCAUGGAAAUAGAGAAAUUACAGUGAAGCAAUUGAGUCCCUCGUUCAUCUCUCUGAGAGGAACACUGCUACAAGGACACACCACUGUCAUUGUUCUUCUGAGCCAUUACAAUGUCUAAGAUAUUUGAAUAAAAUGUUUGUACUUUGCAUUUUCAAAAGGAGACUACAGAGGCAGGCGGGAGCGUCUCUAAUGCAAGUUGUAGCUUUCAAGGUCAUCCAUUCUGUGAGCUCCAGCGAUUUAAACAAACCUGCACCUUCCAUCAAGUUUGCUACCUCUUUUGCUGCUGCGGAAUCACAGCAAAAGACUCGGCAGCAAAAGACUCUUUUACAUUUCUUUCAUAUGUUAAGCAGUGUGAUACGAUUAGCACCAGAAUCCAUCUUCAGAUCCUGACGCACAUAAGUAUUUCCCCCCCAGGGAGUUAACUUCAUAACACAUCAUCUCUAUGCUGGUUCAGGUGUGCCAAACUCGAAGGAUGAUUGCAGUCGGUUAAAAUAAUGUUGGAUUUUUUGAACUAGAAUUUAUUAGAAUAUGACAAGUUUUUAUGAUUCAGGCAAUAUUUAUAUUUUAGCUGUCCUGAUUUAUUACUAGCAAAUAGGACAUGGAUUCAAGUAGAAUAGCGCUUUAUUUUAAUAGUCUUUUCCUAUUUUCGUCUUUCUCACACUUACCCCUUUGUUUUUCUGAAGAUUGCUUUUGAGUUCCUGAAUAAGGCUCAAUCCUGAAAACAUUAACCCCUCCAUUCUUGGUUUUCAAGACUUGCUCCAAAACUGAAUAGUGCUGGAACUUAAGGGUUUGCAGGACUAGGACUAGGACUAGCCAUGUGCUGAAACCUGUCCUCCAUUGCUCAAGAGAUUUAGCCCCCUGUGAGAAAGUUUCUUUUUUUUAUGCCUCAUUCUCAUUGUGCUUGCAAAUUGCUUCAGAAUUUUUUCCAGAAUUUUGGUGGGUGUGAGACAGAGCUUACUUUAUUGUGAGGUGGCCAGGUGGUGUGUGUGUGUGUGUUUUCUUCUUUUAAUUU